AAUGAAAGGGAGAGCUCGUCAUGUUGUGAUCGAGAAGAGGCGACUCUCCUCACACAUCUGAAGUUGAGCCAGACAAAAGCCACGAAAUCUGCCUACAAGGAUUGCAGGAAUGGCCGCAGCUUUUCCCCGGAUAUCUGCGGAUUGUGAUGUAAAUCCAUUACAGCUCUAAGGUUGUGAGGUCUUGGGGCAGGUUUGUUUUUGCGGCCACUUGCGCUGCCACGUUGACCUUCAGAGCUGCAAUAGCUGUACCGCAUUGUUGUCGAUUGGCACCUUCUUUUAUGCGCGUGGCAACUGCGUGACCAGGUGUUUGGUCUACCUCUGAAGCUUUCCUGGCAGUGGUGGCCCUUGAAAGGCAGCCUUGGGAAUUUCUCCUCUUUGAAUCAAGGGCACUCAACCAGAGUGUUCUGACCAGCGAGAAGGGCCUUAGGCUUCAGGCAGGAACUAACGAAAGAUAGUGAGUGGCAAGAAAGUCCUCUAGUUGGUGGUGUCGGUAGGCCUGGAUGAGCAGAUGGCGGAAGCACGCGGUGCGGAAGCGCUCGUGAGCGAGGUGGAGCGUCUGAUGGACAAGGGAGAUGUGGAAAAGUUGAAGGGGCUCCAAUUGCAGAUACUGAGUCUACUUGAGAACAGCCACGCUGUACUCGCUCACUUUAACGACUCGUCCGCUCAAAGCUAUGCUGAGGUGGCGCGCAACUUUUCAGUGAACACGAAGAUUCUGAAAGAGAUGCGCUUUGAUUUGGACUACAUCUUCCGGAAGAUAAGAGUUUUGCGUGCACGCAUCAUCAAAUACUUUCCGCAUGCUUUUGAUGAGAGCGUCUUGCAAUCGCUGAGGGAUCAACGGCCCAAUCUGGAGGAAGCUCCUCCGUCAACUGAAGCUGCCAACCGCCACAUUACAUGAGUCUUGUUUCGUGCAAAGAAUACUCCCUUUCCGCCAGGGUAUACGGAAAUUCAUACAACAAAGUGCGUCGACAGCGGUCGCCCACUUUACGUGAAUUGAGCAGGACUUUGACGGCACACUUUGAUUAAUUGCCUUUAAAACAUUUUUGAGCAAAGUCGACUAGACAAUUUCAAAACAAACUGCAUGAGCGCACAAAUCUCGCCAUGCCAAAAUAAGAUGCAUGGCAUGGAACUGCCUCAUUUUGCGCCAUGCCCUAUUAUAGUGACACCGUCACAGCACCCACUCAAAGUCAACGGCCUGGAAAUUGCACCGCAAUUAAUAAUUGCAAAACGACUG